AGGGCAGGCUUUUUCAUGAUCUUGACCAAGCCGAGAAACGCAAUUCUUUGUAGGCUGUCACAAUUCCGCUACCUCUGACGACCAGAAACCGUCAGACACACGUUAGUAGGAACAAUGCCUUUCGUCGAGAAUCACGACUACCCUGGGUACGAAGUCUUGGGCAAUGUAUUCAACAUCAGUGCAGCGGCCUCGUUCCAAGGAAAAGAUGCCAGAAUAGUGGCAACGUCCGGACAGAUUGGAGAGUCUGGCGAUUACUCUCCAUUUGAACCCAAUGGGACGGAUGGUCAGCAAUUUGCUGGGGGUCAUGCACAGCAAUUCGACGUGGCCAUGUAUAACAUCCAAAAGUCCCUGGCCGCAGCAUCACCUGAUCUGUCUCCCACAGAGCUUUGGGAAGGCAUCUUCAACAUCACAUCCUUCCACGUAGGGACAAUUCCCCAGGAAGAACAACUAGAAAUUGCGGCAGUGGCUCGGAAAUACCUAGGCAAGAACAAGCCAGCUUGGGCUGCCAUCUGUGUUGCGGCUCUCUUCCCACCAAAGUGUUUAGUUGAGAUACAAGUCCAGGCUGCUUAUCCCAAUAAAUAAGGGAUCU